GCCGGGGCAGCGGCCGGCGGCAGCCGCCGUAGGUAAAGGUUCGGUGGGCUCCUGAGCUGGGGCAGCGGCCGCUCGGGGCGGGAGGUUGCCCGAGGCUUCCCGGGAGAGCGGUGGCGAGCGGCACAAACUCUCCGUUCGGCUCGCCUGCUCCGGCCGUGCCCCUGUGAGGGCAGCGGGAGCCAUGCCCGGGAUGCUGCCCCGGGCACUGCCCGCCGCCCUCGGGCGGGGCUGCCUGGGCCGCUGGCUGCUCGCCACUCGCGGGUGGGCGCUCCUGGGAACCGGCACCGGGUCCUGCUCCUCCUCCUCCUCCUCCUCCUCCUCCUCCUGCUCCUGCCUGAGGUGGCGGCACCAGCCCCCGCUGCUGCUCAGGGCCGCCCGUCAGAGCUUCGGGACGCAGGCGGGAGGGCUGCAAGCUGCAAAACCUGGCGGUGAUAGCAAAGAUGUGUCCGUGCAAAGGGCGUUGAACGAGGAAACGCUGGUGUCGGCGGCUCAGAAAGUGAAAGAAGCUGGAAGAGACUUUACCUAUUUUAUUGUGGUGCUUGUUGGAAUUGGUGUUACAGGUGGUUUGUUCUAUGUGAUUUUUAAAGAGCUGUUCUCUUCUUCUAGUCCAAAUAAGAUCUAUGGAGAUGCCUUGGAGAAAUGCAGAUCUCACCCUGAGAUAAUUGCUGUUUUUGGUGACUCUAUCAAAGGUUAUGGAGAGGCAACAAGAAGAGGAAGACGACAGCAUGUCAGUCACAUUGAAUACGUAAAGGACGGACUGAAACAUAUGCGUUUGAAGUUCUAUAUUGAGGGCACUGAAUCAGGGAAGCAGGGAACAGUCCAUGUGGAAGUCAAAGAGAAUCUUGAAACAGGAAGAUUCGAGGUUCGCUACAUAUUUGUUGAUGUUGAGACCUAUCCAAGAAGAACCAUUGUCAUAGAGGACAACAGAUAGCCAACGAUCAAAGCUGCUGCCUUAUGUCACAUUGGAUAAUGUUGUUGUAGCCAGUCUACACGUGAAUUGUGUGGUGUUGCCAAUUGUGUCUCACAGCUUCAGGGCUGUGUUAAGGGAAACAGCCUCUCAGGGCCUCCACCAAGGACUUUUGAUAAUAACAGAUACGGGAUUUAAAGUCAAACCAAUGAAAUAUAGCAGAACUAUCAUGGCAGAUAUUCUUGACAUAGGAAAAUAAUGCCUCCUAAUAAUCAAUUUAAUGCUGGAUAAUACUUCUGCACACUCAAAACCUGAGUUUUCCAAGAUUUUAGGUUUGGAUGGGGAGUUUUUUGUCUUCCUUGGUUUGGAUUUCCCACUACCACUGCAAUAAAGAAAGAGGUAGUUUAACUGUA